UAGAUUUGAUCGCCCUGUCCGUUUUCCAUUUCCGCACUUUUUUUCCAGGAGAAUUUGGAAGGCUUCAGAUUUUUUCAUUUUUGUCGCUGGAAAAAAUCCGCAACCCUAAGUCGAAUUCUUGAAGACUGCCGAAAGAGAGAAAUCAAAAGGACUAUUAAUGGAAAACGAGAAUAACGUAAUCAAUGGCGGGGCGUUGGGGGACGAUCAGACCCCGGAGGAUUUUUUUGAUGUUGACCAGAACGAUGCGAAGGUCGCGGAGCUGAACCAGAAAAUUGAGGUUUUGGAGCGUGAAAAGUUUAAUUUGGUUGAAGAAAAUAAAGAAUUCAAAGAGAAGAUUAAAAAAUCUUCAGCGGAGAUAGAAGGGUUGAAGAGUGAAGAUGCGGCGUUGAAAGAACGACUGAAAGAAAUGGAGAAAGAAAUUGAAGGUUCCAAAGAAGGAAAUAAUAAGGUUUUGGAAUCUGUCGCGGCAAGAGCACUGGAGCUUGAGACUGAGGUCGCAAGACUACAGCAUGAUUUGAUAUCAGCAAUGAAUGGAGCCGACGAAGCCAAUGCUGAGGUUGCGGAGUUGAGGAGAACUUUGGGAGAAAAGGGAGAGAAGGUUGCAGCUCUGGAGAAAGAGGUGGAAGCCCUGAAGAAAGAAAGGGUGGAGAGUGAGAAGAAAGUCAGAGAGUUGGAGAGGAAAGUUGGGAUUUUGGAGGUCAAGGAGAUAGAGGAGAAGAGUAAAAAAGUUAGGGUGGAGGAGGAAAUGAGAGAUAAGGUUGAGGAGAAGGAGAGGGAGAUCACCGGUUUCAAGAAGAAGAUCAAUGAUUUGGAAUCAGUGGUAACGAAGAACGGGUUGGAGUUAGAAAAGUGGAUCAAGGAGAAAUUGAAUGUGGAAGAGUUGUUGAAACAGUCUGAGGAGAAAACGAAAACAAUGGAAAUGAAUGUGGUUCAGUUGCAGAAGGAAGUAGAGGAAGCACACAAAGUCAUUAGCGGAUUGAAGGAGAAAGCAAUGAAUGCUUUGAAUGGAACUGCAGAGGAACACAAGGGGGCUUUCAAAGGUGCAGAGAAGGAGUUGAACUUGAACUGGCCCAUAAUCGCAGGGUCGACUGGAGUUGUUACUGCCGUAGCUGCACUGGCCUUUGUUUUGUAUGGAAGGCAAAGAUAAGAUUUUCAUGCUAUGAAGUAAGAAAGUUAAGAUGGAGACUUGACUCAGAAUAUAGCCUAAGGGGUAGGGUUCACAAACUGCAAAUCUUCUUCAGUUUUGUUAGAUAUGUUUGCUUAUUUGGUGUUUUUUCAAGCCAAUAAAUACUGGUUGGCGCUAAAUUUUUGCUUCAAAUGUUUUUCUGAAGCUAUGUGUUGUUAGGCAACCAAAAUUUAGUUGAUAUAUUUUGGGGAAUCACUGCACUUCACCUCAAUUCCACUGUUAUACAUGAUUAUCCAGACAAAUGUUUCAGCUACACUUGAUUUUGAGUUUAGUUGCUUGCAUUCCUGAGUUGUUUUCAAGCCAUUCUUGAAUGAUUAUACCACAGUUUGACAAA